AUGUCCGAGACCGCGUCCGGCCCCGAGUACGCCUCCUUUUUCGCCGUCAUGGGCGCCUCGGCCGCCAUGGUCUUCAGCGCCCUGGGUGCCGCCUAUGGCACUGCCAAGAGCGGUACAGGCAUCGCGGCCAUGUCUGUCAUGCGGCCGGAGCUGAUCAUGAAGUCCAUCAUCCCAGUGGUCAUGGCGGGGAUCAUCGCCAUCUAUGGCCUGGUGGUGGCUGUCCUCAUCGCCAACUCCCUGAAUGACAAGAUCUCCCUCUACAAGAGCUUCCUUCAGCUGGGUGCCGGCUUGAGCGUGGGCCUCAGUGGGCUGGCCGCUGGCUUUGCCAUUGGCAUCGUGGGGGACGCCGGUGUGCGAGGCACAGCCCAGCAGCCCCGGCUCUUCGUGGGCAUGAUCCUGAUCCUCAUCUUCGCCGAGGUGCUGGGCCUCUACGGCCUCAUCGUGGCCCUCAUCCUUUCCACAAAGUAG